AUGCAAUUUUUUCAUAAAAUUUUAUCAUUCACCUGCGCAUUUGUAAUUUUUAUUCAGUUUUCGCUAGCUUACACGAUUCGUUCUAAAAAAUUCCUCUUUAUAUAUCGUAUUGGUUCUAAACUACCAAAACACAUUAAUAUUCUACACUCAGAGCCUUCGCCGAUGCUAAGGCCGGUUCGGAAACCGGAAUCCGAGACUUCUAAAUCUGCUAAAGUACAUCACGAACGUUUGAGAGAAACGGUGAAGCAAUUAAAGGAGAAGGAGGUGACCCAGACCUCCCCUGGUUCCAAGGAAGAACGAGAGAAGGAGGUUAAUAGCUGGCGAGUUAUUCUAUACAACGACGACAUUCACAAUUUUAUGUACGUAACUGAGUCUAUUUCAAAGUGUGUUCCUCAGCUACCACUGGCUAGAGCACAUCUAAUUACACUAGAGGCACAUAAAAACGGACAGGCUGAGAUCAUCAGGACCUGGAAAGAUAAAGCCGAACAAUACUGUAGAGAGUUACAAAAGUUCGGUUUAACUGUAUGUACGAUAAAUGAUAUGCGAGGGUAGUCUAAAUCAACUUGAUUCCAUUCUUUGAAGCUAUUAAAAAUACAAUCCCUUGAAAUAGUCCAGACGAUAUCGCACCGUAGUGACGACUGUCCAGAAGGGUUGGUAUACCUCUAUUAUCACCUUGCAGCCAAAAAUGACCUUGAGGGGACCCCGACGAUUCGCUUACAAAUUCGUUUAUUUGGAUUCAGAGGCGAUGUGCUAAUCACAACGUCGUUUUUGCGAUAUAACUCCUGCCCUUCUCGGAACUUGGAAACUAAAUAUGGACGCAUGUAUAAUACCAACGUGCCAGAGUCACUUAUCUCAGGACU